UCCACUCGCUCUUUCGUAAUAUUACUAAAUUCACCCUUUUCACUUCCUUGGGCAACAAGUAACGGAGACGGACGCGGCAACAAUGUCAGAAUGAGGUUUGGAUUUUCAUCCACCUCUCCGUCGUCGGUUUCCGGCGAUACAUUUCUCCAACCGUCGGCCGGUACUUUUCCUCCACAGCUUUCACCUUCAUCAUCAGUCAGUUCGCUAUCUGAAAAAACUUGCGAUUCUACCACGCCGUCGUAUUUUGGUUCUUCAUUUUCAAAUGCCAGCUCAUCAACAGAAAGUUCUGCAUCUUUAGGACCGACUACAGCAAGCACUAACACAACUUCUCUAACAGUCUCUGCAACGGAGUCUGUAACUGUCCCUGCUAGUUGUUCGUCCGAGCAGGACGAGGUUGCCAAUGUGAGAAGUUUCUGUCCUGCCGAGCUACUAGACAAGCUCAAGGCAGAGGGCAAAAUAAAAGACAUGAUUCAGCCGCUCAGCCUUGUGCCUUUGGAGCCAUGGGGUUUGAAACUACAAGCUCAAGUAAGUCCGUCAAUGAUGCUGCUCAUACAUCUGCUGCUACUGCUGAACAGAUAUAUGGAGAGUCUAAGCCGUGCAGUGUUCCCAUGACUGGUGCUCCUUCGACCUCCACUCUUUCAGCUCCAUUAUCAGGCAGCUCAGUGCUCCCUAGCUUGCAGCUUGCUGAGGAGAUGAAGCCUGACAUUCAACCCGUUGAUCUUCUGCACUCAACAAUUGAGAUGUGGGAACGGGUUGUCGCGAAUAAGAAGACGGAUCAAGAAGUCAUUGAAGAGGGGCUUCGUCACUUCUAUGAGGGUAUCAACUAUUUUUGUCUUCAGUCUAAACGCCUUCAAGAAGCCACAGCCAAGUACAAUGAAGCAGCAAAAGCGAGUGAUGACCUGGAAAAGAUGAGGGCUUCUUUGAAAGAUAAGCUGGCAGAAUCCAAUCAGAAGCUCGAGGACUAUGAGAAGGAGAAGGAGAAGCUAGAACAUGAGUUAGCUGGGGCUGCGAACACGAUCACUACUCUAACUAGUGAGAAGGAUUCCCUUUUGCGGGUCCAAACAAUCCUUCACCAGAAGAUGGUCGAGCUGAAAAAGGAGUUGGAGGAGGCCGGUCGUGCUGCUAUCCAGAAAUACAAGGCUUCCUCCUUGUAUAGGCAAGAACUCAUGGAGUAUGCUGCUCCUUACAUGGGAAAAGGGAUGAAGCUGGCGAUAGAGAAAAUCAAGGCUAAAGACCCCACUUUUGACCUCAAAACCUAUGGCCUAGAAAUGUAGAUUCUUCCUCCUGAAGCUGAUGUCGAGGAAUUCUCGUCUGAGGAGGAAGGUGAUGGUGGUGCUGAUCAGCCUAUAACCUCGAACAACAAGGAGCCUACAGUACAGUAAGUGUUGAAGAAGCAACAGUUCCCCCGAGCUCAGCUUGAAGCUCUCUCUAUUAUACCUAAUUUCGCCUAUGCCAAUGCAGUAAUAUUUGGCUACUCUUGUCUCUGAACAAGUAUGUUUUGCUGCUCCAUGGAAGUGUUUGGAGGUGUUAAUAGAGUAUGAAUGGACUGUGCUAAGAUCGGAUCUUUGCAGUAUAGUCAGAUCUUUCUAUAAGAGCAUCCCUAUAUAACAAUACUUCACUAUAAAAGCCAAGUUUUUUCGGAACCAAUUUUCAGAUUAUGAUAAUAUAUAUUCUCUAUAAUAGCACUUCGCUAUUACAUCCAAAAACAUUCGGAACAAACGAGACUGUUAUAGAGAGGUUUAAUCGUAUAUGUAAUGCGUUAUUUUUGUCUAUGCAGUGUGCCUUGGUUUAUUUGAGAAGUGAACCAGAAAUAA